AUAUUAGGAUUUCAUACUUUCAUCAUAGCAUCCCUGCAUGGAAUCCCUGUGGUAAACUUCCAUCUCAAAUUACACACUUCCAUUCACCAUUUUGCAACUCCUAUACCAUGGCAGCAGAAAUUGUUGGUGGUGCUCUUCUUUCUGCUUUUCUUCAGGUUGCAUUCGACAAGUUGGCUUCUCCUAAAUUUGUAGACUUCUUUCGUGGAAGAAAACUUGAUGAGAAGCUGCUCGGCAAUUUGAACAUCAUGCUGCACUCCAUCAAUUCUCUCGCUCAAGAUGCAGAACAGAAGCAGUUCACUGAUUCAAACGUUAAAGCAUGUCUUUUUUCUGUCAAAGAGACUGUCUUUGAUGCAGAAGAUCUCUUGGGUGAAAUAGAUUAUGAACUCACCAGAUGCCAAGUGGAAGCUGAAUCCGAACCUCAAACCUUUACUCACAAGAUAAGCUAUUCUACACCCAUCCACAGUGCUACAUCAAAUAUCAAAAAGUGGACGUUAGAGACAAGGAGAUAUUCACAAAAUGUUCUUCACUUGAAGCAAAGUCUAAAAAUAUCAUACAACUUACUUCAAGCAAAGAACUGAAAAAGCAUGCCUGCUUUGACAAGAGUGGUGCUAAUACUCAUUUAUAAUUGUGUGAAGAUUAUAGUUGAACUCUCUACGGAGGAGACGAGAUGUUGCUCAAUUGAAGCGAACUAGUAUAAAAUCUCUUGUGCAAUUAUCUCUUCUCUUACCUAAAUGAUCUUUUUGUGAAAACUUGUAGUUGCGCUUUAUUUACAAACACAAGAAUCUUCCAAGUUAAACGAUUUAUUUCACAAAGGAAGUUCUUAAUAGUUGUAGUAUAUAUAAUCUGAAUAGCAUGCUGAAAGUAGUUAUU